CUCAUAUUCUUCUCUUUUUAUGUAAAGUCACAGUCUGUAUAUGAUCAGAGUGAAAAUACUUAAAUUUCUUUUCUUCCUAGUGCUUCGAGAAGCCAUCAAAAGAAAGUUCUCUCUUAUCUUUUUCUAGGGUUUGCUUCUGAAUCUGAAAACUCCAACUUUCCCUCUUGUUUUCUUGUCUUCCAAACACUCCUUGGUACGACUAACACAAGCGAUGAACCUAAAGUUAACGAUUUGUAAGAUCUGAGAAGCAAAAUUAAGCAAUUAAAAGGAAGGGGCGGAAUUGAUUUAAAGAAAAAAUAUGAUGUCAAUGCAAAACUUGGGCGAGAUUGACAUGGAAAAUUUACUCCCAGGCAAAAUCAGGAAACGAGGGUGUUCAUCUUCAGCUUCGUCGUCAUCAUCAAUUAUGCAAAACUACAGAUUCAAGAGGGCGAUUCUAGUGGGCAGCAAAAGGGGUGGAUCCAGUACCCCCGUGCCUACAUGGAAGCUGAUGAUGAGAUCGCCUUCAAUGGCGUCAAUGCUACGAGCUAUGGAGUCUCCUAGGUAUGCAGGAUCACAAAGUGGGAGUAAAUUGAAGGGGCAGCAGCAGCAGCAGCAACAACAGCAGCCGGUUUCGGCCAGGAAGCUGGCUGCGACGCUGUGGGAAAUGAAUGAGAUACCGUCGCCUAGAAGAAAGGAAGGAAAUGUGGAGAGGAGGAAAAUGAAAGAAGGGAGAGAAAAGGGAGCAGCUGCUAGGUCGGUUCAUUCGGGUUCUUUGCCUCCUCACUUGUCUGAUCCUUCUCACAGCCCUGUUUCUGAGAGAAUGGAUCGAUCUGGAACUGGUAGUCGCCAGAGAAGAGCGUCAUCUGUUUCCCACAGGCUUAGGCAUACUGACAAUAAUGUUGGAGUGUUGGAUUCAGUUAGCAAUGCCAGUUUAAUGGAGAUUGAAACUAGAUCUCAUGCCCAGACUCCCAAGGGAUCAACUGUUGGUGUUAAGACUCGUUUGAAGGAUGUCAGUAAUGCCUUGACAACAUCUAAAGAACUAUUAAAAAUUAUCAACCGCAUGUGGGGUCAUGAAGAUCGUCCCUCGUCAAGUAUGUCCCUUAUUUCAGCUUUACAUGCUGAGUUAGAGAGAGCUCGUCUUCAAGUCAAUCAGCUUAUCCAAGAGCAGCGCUCUGACCAGCAUGAUAUCAACUAUUUAAUGAAGUGUUUUGCUGAAGAAAAGGCAGCAUGGAAAAACAAGGAGCAGAAAGUUGUCGAGGCUGCUAUUGAGUCUAUUGCAGGUGAACUUGAGGUGGAGAGAAAGUUGAGGAGACGUUUUGAAAGCUUAAACAAGAAGCUUGGGAAAGAACUAGCUGAGACUAAGACAUCUCUUUUGAAAUCAGUGAAAGAACUUGAGAGCGAAAAAAGGGCCAGGGUUGUAAUUGAGCAAGUAUGUGAUGAACUAGCCAGGGAUAUCAGUGAAGAUAAAGCUGAAAGGGAAGAGCUAAAGAGAGAGUCUGCCAAGGUUCUUCAAGAGGUUGAAAAGGAAAGGGAGAUGUUGCAGUUAGCCGAUGUGGUGCGUGAACAGAGAGUUCAGAUGAAGCUCUCUGAAGCUAAAUAUCAUCUUGAGGAGAAGAAUGCAGCUGUCGACAAACUGCGGAACCAACUCGAAAAUUUUCUAGGUACAAAAAGAGAGAACGAAAAAGGGCGCUGUUCUCUAAAUGAACCUAACAGUGAGGAGAUUGCUGCCUAUUUAAACAGAGUCCAUUUUGGUUCCCAUCCUAGUGAGGAAAAUGACGAGGAUGGAGAAGUUGAAGAUGCAAUUGAAUGUGAAGAAGACUCGGCUGAAAGUGAUCUCCUAGAAUUAAAUAUGGACAACAACAGCAGCAGCAACAACAAAAACUACAAGUUGGUGUAUGCUUUUGCUGCUCGUGAUUCAAGAGAACCUCAAAUAAAUGAAGACAUCACAGGUAGAAAAUCUGCCUCUAGCAAAUUACCAAGGAGGAGUACUUCUCUACAGAGGAGCAUAUCGGACGGAAUUGACUGGGGCAUGCAGAAGGACAGGCAUCAAGAUUCUGUUGAUAAUGAUUUAGAGUGGAAUAGAUUUACUGAAUUGGAGAAGCAAGUAGAAACAAAAGGUUAUGGAGAUGAAAUGCAUGGAUAUAAAGCUGUAAAGGGUCUUAGGGAACACCUUUUAUCUGGUACAAGGGCUGGUAGGGUUUAUGCUAGUCCAACAUGUUCUUCAAGAGAUAUCAACAAUGUAGCUCAAGAGAGGCCACCUUUGGUGCCUGGUAGUGUUCCGAAGUCGAGGCUGGCAGAAUCCAGGAGUGAAGCCAAUAAUGCUAGGAAAUCAAGAUGGUGAAAUACAAUUUUGUUGAGUAUAUGCUUUGUUCACUAUUAUCUAGUUCCCUUCUGACCUUGAAAAAGUGAACUCUGGGCAAGGGGAAGUAGUUCCAGAUCGAGCUUGUUAGAUUUGACAGCAAGAAGAUUCAGGAUUUGGAUAGAAACGAGUUUCUUUUUUUCGUUGGUUACUGCUUUGUGUGAUGAUUCCUCUAGAGGUGCUCAAAUUGCAAUGAUCGCUACUCAACAUGUUAUGUACCAGUAAUUGGACCAUUGAUAUGAUCCAGCAUCUUUUGUAGAGCCCUUUUUUUUUUUUUUGUUCCUUUUUACUUAAAAGGAAUCUAUGCUAAUUGAACCAGUUUUAUCCUGUGCAAAGUCUUGCGGUAUAAUUGAAAUGUAAAAAAAAUGCUUUAAGUGUUCAAAA